AUGCUGAAAUUUAUUGUUUCAUUAGUUCUAGCCUUGCUCUCUGCAGGGGACCUUGCAGAUGAUUAUGAUGACGAAUCAGUUAUUCGGAAAAAGGCGCGAACGCUGCCAGGCGACGAGUGGCUUAGCCUCCCGGAACUAAGUCCCAGCUCUCUAAGUGGCCCGCUUUUGCUGCAGACGAUUGACGGCCGACUCCAUGCAGUGGAUCCCCUGGACGGAUCGACUAAAUGGGACACUGUGAUAAAAAGAGACUGGUUUCCGCAAUACAAAGAACCCAACGCUGACAACUUCGACUUGAGCUUCGUGCCUGAUCCAUCAGAUGGAUCCAUUUACUACUUCGAUCGUUCUGAAACAGAUUAUGGCGAGCAGGCAGAGCUUCGAAAAAUGGGAAUGACGAUUCAAGAAAUGAUCGAAAGCUCUCCAACAAAAGCAGAAGACGGUAAGCUAUACGUCGGCGACAAAAAGGACAACUGGCAGAUCUUGGAUUCAACGACGGGAGACGUUAUUCAAAAAAUCGACCAAGGUGGUGGAGAAUCUAAAAUUCCAACGCCGAUUCCGCUUCAUCACGAGAAAUUAUUCGUGGGCUACACUGUCUACUCACUCACAAUUUUCGACAGUAACACUAAUGAGGUCAAAUGGAAUUUAACCUACUCGGAGCUCGCAGCAAAAGAGUUAGAACUGAGCAAUCCUCAAAUACGUAUCGAAGUCUGUUCAAACUGCGGAACAAUCGUCGCUAAAAACUUUCUUGACAACACUAUCAAGUGGCAAGCUAAUUUUGGAUAUCCGAUCAUUGGAGCUUACAAUAUUUACAAUGGAGGUCUCUUCAAGUUUCCCUUCCAGUCCUUCGACUCCGGCUACUUUGAACCUUUUCGCCCUAAAGACACACGUAGUCUGCAGGUUUACGUCGGUCUCUAUGGAAAAAAGCUCUAUGUUUUAAAUAGUAUGGCGCCUAAUUACAUGAUGCUGCCGGAAAUGCCGUCAUCGACAGAUUCUGGAACGAAUCCGUUGGGCUACUAUCCUCUGCCUGUUACCGACUUGAAGCCGACAAAAUACGCUUCUGAUGGAGUACGCCUCUUACCAGGGAAGAGCACGGAUGUAUGCGGCUCUCCUGAUGAAUCUUCUGGACCGAAUCUGAACAACAACCCCGGUAGCGAGAGCUUGACCAACUGCCCUGCCCCGAGCCAAAUUCCCGGACGCGAUCUCCCGGGUGCCUCAGCAAGCGAUCGAAAAGAUGCGGCCGUACAAGUUGAGGUUUUACCUAAUUCAGAUAAUAAUCUUUUGGAAAGUGAGCAUAUGGGGAUAUUUGCUCGAUUGCAAGGCUCGAAGAGUGAGAGUAAAUUCUUGACCGCCAUUGACAUUACUCGGGAAACGCUAUCCAACGUUCAUGUUCUUCAGGCGCUUGUUCUCCUUCUCUUUCUGAUUCUUAUUGUGCAGUUUUCUUGGCGAAACAUCUUCCCCAAAGCGCCGCAUUCAAUCGGAAAGAUAUCCUUUGACCCGAGUGAGUUCCUCGGGAAAGGAUGUAUGGGAACUUCCGUCUUCCGCGGAUCUUUCGACGGGCGCGAUGUUGCAGUCAAAAGGUUGCUGGUUGAUAGCUAUCAGUUAGCAGACAGAGAAAUCGACUUGCUGCGCCAGGCUGACCAUCCAAAUUUGCUACGCUACUUUUGCUCGGAGAAGGACCGACAAUUUAUUUACAUCGCCCUCGAGUUAUGUCAAGGAGACUUAGAUUUUUACGUACAAAAUCAGCACACCUUCGAAAGCGAUCUCCCGCGUGAUGAGAUUUUGAAGCAUUGUUGUGCCGGGGUCGAGCAGUUGCAUUCUCUUGGAGUUAUCCAUAGGGACAUCAAGCCAAGUAACAUCCUCAUCACUUACGGAAAUAGACAUAGGUGUCGUAGAGCUGUAAUCGCAGAUUUCGGGCUAUCGCGGCAAGUCAAUCCAGGCAGACACUCGAUUUCCGUCACGGAUCUUCACGGAACGGAAGGUUGGGCAGCACCAGAAGUAUUUCAGUGUGAUGUCAGCAAAAUUACAUAUUCGGUGGAUAUCUUCUCGCUCGGAUGUGUAUUUUAUUUCGUACUAUCCGACGGAAAGCAUCCUUACGGCCAUGAGUUCUUCAUGCGCCAAGCUCGCAUCCGUCAAGGAAAACACGACCUCAAAGGAAUUUCUUCUCUUCAUGAAAAUCUCAUUUUGAAUAUGAUUCAACCUGAUCCCCAACAUCGGCUCCCAAUGAAAGGUGUCCAGGAACAUCCAAUAUUUUGGAAUUCGGACAAGAAAAUCCGAUUUCUGGCGCUCACAUCUGAUCGCCUCUCUCAAAACCCGCAAGAACAGAAAAACAUCGAGAACUUCGAAAUGACAAAAUAUCUGGAGAUGAACUCCGAGCGAAUCGCCGGAAGCGAUUGGCGCCUUCGCUUGGAGUCGGAAUUACAGGAAGAUCUUCGAAAGUUCCGAAAUUAUAAUGAUGGGAUAAGAGACUUGCUCCGUGCUCUUCGCAACAAGCGGCACCAUUUCCGCGAUUUGACUUGCGAAGCACGUGAAAUUCUGGGCGAAACAUCGGAGUCUUUUUUCCACUACUGGUCACGCGCGUUUCCGAAUCUUCUCCGGAUCACAUAUGAGGCGGUUAGCCUUGACUACGAGAAAACCAAUGAUCCUUUCUUCUCCAUCUUCUUCGACCAAUCUUACUGCAGCGUCUUGGCUGCAAAUGUCCGCCGAGUCGCAUAUGAAACUCAGCCAGAGCUUACAUCCAGAUAUUUCAAUAAGUCUACAGCUAUUCAAAACGCAGAGAAUAACGAAGUUCUACUUACAAAUAGCCCGAUCGUCCAAGCCGUACCGAAGGAGUUCGACAUCAACCAAAAAGAUAAUCAGAGCGAAAGGGAGCCAGAAAUUAUAACUCCAAGCAAAGAGAAUGACGAUAGAGAAGCCUCAAAGCUACAGCCUGCUCUCAAGUCUACAAAUUUAACCAACAAAUCGGCCGGCGAAAGUCCAAAGAUGAUCCCUUACUCUCACAAAAUCAAAACUAAACUCAUUUUUCAAGAAAGGAGUCCAAAGAGAAUCCGAUACCGCCCCAAUGACGAAGAUUCAUCUUGUUUAAUGCUUGACGGGUCCACCCGGACUAUACAUAGAGAUGUUCCUAUUCGGAGUGAACCAGAGAUAAUUGAGUCAGACCGACGUGAAUCCGAAAGAGUACGAUUGGCUAAAGAAGGUUUCAAAAUUUCAAAAUCUGGGUCGUCUGCUCCGGACACAAGAAACUCCUUUUCCAAUGAAGCUGCUGAUGAUUCUUUCUCGAAUCGUUUCCAUGGUCUCUCAGACAAUGACUACAGUAAUCUUGAGCCGCGAAUAAUUCCAGAGCUCCUUCCACAAUUUCCCCUCCAAGCUCUUCCCGAAAUUAUCUCAAAUUCUACGGCCGGAAAUCUCAUUCAGCGCGGUAUCUCUUUCGUUCGUCAGCUCUCUACAAGCUCAGACACUGCUGAUUCAAGUAACGUCGGCCGAAAGAUUUGCGAAGAACUCUUGCUCGACGAUGAUGAAGAUUCAGACAACGAGAAUAUUCCUGGAAGCGACGAGGAAAUUAUUUUCGGCCCAAUCGGCACACCCAAAUCGAGUCGCGUAAUAGCCAAGAAGCAAAGCCCUGUCAAUAGGUUUGGACCCGAAUUCGACGAUUACGAUGACUCGCGCUGUCUGAUCACGCCUGAAUCCGUCUCCGACUCUGAAUCUAAAAUGCCUUUCGAAGACGCUUCCAACAAUAAGAAAACUUCAAACAGACGUAAGCGCCCAACGAAGAAGAAAAAGCGCCGUUGA